UAUUCGCGUUCUCUUCAGUUACGUUUCAUUUACAAACGGAACGACUCGGCGACCAUCUUAAACGCAAUUACCCGCCACGCGGACAAUAGCCAACAUUCGUUCCUAUUUACAAACCGUAGUUUCGCUAAUAGUUAUUUAGAACGAUUUCAGUUUACGUUUACGUUUCGAUUUGUACAACUUUAUCCAACAGGAUAGAAAAAUAUCACCGACUACAAGUCAUACACACUUUUUUCGAUCUAUGUAGAGAAAAACAAGCUUUUUAGCGGUAUUCGGCGUUCACAGUUGACUGAAAUUUUAUUCGCUACAACUUGCUUCACCCUCUUUCUAUUUACAGCAUCUCUUCGAAUCCCGAUAGAAGUUCUAGCGAGUCAUUGGAAGCCAUGGACGGUCAUAAAUCUAGAGUGUUCAGCGCGUGUUUCAACCCCAGAUCGGCACAUGAGCUGAUAAGCGGUGGUUGGGACAAUACUAUUCAAUUUUGGGACACUAGGCAACCAUACGCACUCAGGAGAAUAUCGGGUGUGCAUAUGUGCGGCGAUGGACUCGAUAUCAGUAGGAAUGGAAGAGAGAUUUUGUCGUGCGCGUGGCAAAGAGAGAAUCCCAUACAAUUGUGGGACUACGGUAGCGGAAAGUUGCUUGCUUCCUUGGAACCCGACAGCUAUCCUUCCCUGCUCUACUGUGGCAAAUACGUGUCGAACAUGUUCAUCGCUUGCGGUGGCACGGAUACCAAUCUCUUCAGAGUGAUCGACUUGCGAUCUCACGCCACGUUGGCGAUGAUCAGGAAUUUAAGAGGUGGUACGUACAGCUUGGACACUGGCCCGAUAAACCCAAAGCACGCAAAGAAAACGAGGACCAUCUCCGUCGUACCACAACUUGCGUUCUGUGCUGGCAAGCGGAUAUUCGAGAUAGACGCGCAACCAAGUUGAUCGUCCAUCUUUCUUCGGUCGCUCUGUGUCUUGUCCAUGAAAAUUAAACUCUGCCACGAAAGC